CACACAAAAAUAGUUUCUUUGGUUUUUAAAUGUGAAUCAAUAAAGCAAUUUUUAUUUAGAUAUUAAGAACAUUUGUGAUAAAACAAAUCAGAAUGGCUCAUAGUUCUCAAACAUACGGGUCCACGGAUCAAAGGACAGAUGUACCUGAUGUGGGAUUUAGCCCUACUGAACUUUAUAGUCUCAGCGAGAAUAUUACUACUAACAUAUAUACAAUUAACACAAGUUGGAGGACACUCGAACAUGCAUAUAAAAAUAUUGGAACCAAUAAAGAUAAUGAGGGUCUAAGGGAUAAGGUGAAUGUAACACAGUUAAGCACAAAUCAAGUAGUAGCUCAAACCAGUAAAGAUAUCGCAAGACUGACAGUGCUAAUGAGGAGAGGGGAUAAGCAACAGAAAUUGCAAAUUGAAAAACUGACCACUGACUUUAAAGAUGCUGUGGAAAGAUAUUCUGAGAUGCAGAAGUCAAUUGCUGAAAAAAUGAAGAGACGUAUUUUGCCUACGCUUAGUAUAGAAAGUCCAAUGGAUGCGGAUGAGGAGGAACAACAACAUCUGCUACAAACUCAAGAUGAACACGGAGCGAUACAAAGGAGUCUUGAAUUUCAACAAGGAUUACUGUUGGAGAGGGAAGAUAGGAUAAAACGGACUGAAGGGGAAAUUUUGGAUGUGAAUCAAAUUAUGCGUGAACUUGCAGCAUUGGUACACCAACAAGCGGACACAAUCAACACGAUAGACAACAACAUAGAAAAUGUACACGCAAACGUUGAGAUGGGUGCACAAGAGUUAAUCAAGGGAAGUAAUUACCAAAGUAAAUAUCGGCGAAAAGUUUAUAUCCUGUUGUUACUUGCAAUCAUAGUCGUUGUUAUAUUAAUUAUUAUUCUAGUCACUAAAUUAAGUUAGCGCUCCUAAUCGUUGUAGAUGUCGCGGGUGAACGAAAAGGGUUGUCUCAAUCUAUCUUGUAUCGAUUUUGUAGAAAUAAUUGUUGUGGGAACGAAUAUAUUUCGCCAGUUUGUGUAUGGACACGCAAUACGGGGAGAGCAUAGACUUAUUUUGUAUUCGUUUGUAAAUUGAUCGAUGUAUAGUCGGAGCGUAUUCUUGUUUCCUGUUUAAACUCACGAAAUACAUUUUAUACUGUUCUCAUUGCAUGCCUACCCCCCCCCCCUUGUGCACUUAUUCAGAGUCAA